AUGAGUGUAUCGGAUGAGUCUAUUCAAAGAAUCCAGAAGUUCAUCCAGAACCGCCAGGCAGCAGAAUCAGAGGCCUUGGCAGAACCAUUGGGGGCAACGGCCCUUCAUGCUUAUGCACGACGGCUAGAUGGAACCCUGCAGCAAUUACAACAACAGAUCCAACGACAGGAAGAAGAACUUAACAAGCUUCGAGAAAGUCGUGGUGCCUUCAGCCUGUCAGGCAAGGUCGACGAUCCUUGGACACGCGUCGCUCAGGCUAGACGCGCCAAGAAGGCAUAUGAUUCUCUUGUUCUCGGCGAAGAUGAUUUACCAAAAUCCGAUUCUGUCUUGCCAGCCCUGAUUGCCGUGGAAGAAACGUCGUACCUGAUCAAAGAAGGCAAAACAUCUCUUCAGAUUACCGCCGACAAGGUAUCAGAAGAUCGUGAACGCAUGCGCCUCGAAGACGCCAACCUGCGUGAUUCUCGUGAAAUAGCGACUGGGCUUCGAGAACGUAUCCAGAGAAUUCGCAAUGCGAAUAGCUACAAGCACAAGCAGACACCGGCUCAGGCUGCUCGCGAGGUUCUACGAGAGCAGAAGGCCAAGAACCAACACCUAGAUCAAGCAGCUCAAGAUCUCAAGAAAUCAAUUGACAGAUUCAUUGACGACUCACUAGCAUCGAUGCUCGCAGCGGAAGACAUCGGCGGUCCCAAUGUCGGCGACGCUCUGGAGGUGUCGGACGUAACAUUGAGAGCGGGAUACACGGCUCAUGGAAAGCCAAGAAAACCAAAAGAACCGGCCGAACAAGCCGAUAGCAAUCAGCAGCGAAUUGAUCAAUUUGUGAAUCGAGAUCCAAGUACUUCUGCCCCCGCAAACAGACGAGAAUCCGCAGCGGCAGAGGCUCAUGAGCUGCUCGAUGCACUACUCGAAGCUGGCCCAUCAUACAUUGAUUUACAUCGAGACUCUGCAGCGUCACGAUUUCUAGUGCGUGCCAAAGUGGCCCAAUUUCACCCGCGUGACGCACGACGCCUACGACUGAUUGAUUUUGGGCGAUCGCUUGGUGAUUCAGAUUAA